GGUGCUUUUAGUUGACCGUACCAGAAACGGACCUACUGGAGAAACAAAUUCUGCUGUCACGGAUUUGCAGUGAUAAUAGAUUACAAACAGAAUUAGCGAAAACGCCUUUGUAAUACGUACUAAGCAGCUACUGUAUUUUAGCUACUACUCUCAGUUUGAUUAGUUACGGAUCUACAGCGCUAAGCCUUGUCUGACGUUACGUUAUAAAAAACAAUAACAAUGGCUUCUGGGUCGCCGUCGUCCUCUCCGGACACUGCGACUGGCUCAGGUACGGACCCAGCCCGACCAGACACAGGCGAGCCUCUCGGUGGAGCCGGCUCGGACUCCGACUCGGACCUGGGUUUGAGUAAAUUUGACUGUAGCGCCAUGGAAAUGGUGGACCAGCUGGAGGGUGAGGAGCUGGAGCGGGAGUUCGAGUCUGCAGCCGACCGCGUACGAGAUCUGGUUCAGACGGCCAGCAGGGACCAGCUACUGUACCUGUAUGCGCGCUACAAACAGGCAAAAGUUGGAAAGUGCAAUACAUCAAAGCCUGGCUUCUUUGACUUUGAAGGUCAAAGGAAAUGGCAAGCCUGGAAAAAUCUUGGAGAAAUGGGCACAGACCAGGCAAUGCAGGAGUACAUAUCCUUGGUCAAUGUGUUAGACCCUGAAGGCAGCACAAAGGAAAGGCGAACAGAGAGGAGAACAGGCUUCGGAGGGGCAACAGUCAGCUCUCUGUACCAGGAGGAGAUGAUCAGAGAAGAGGACAAGAACAUAUUUGACUACUGCAGAGAAAAUAACAUCGACCACAUCGGCAAGGCCAUCAAUUCGCAGAAAGUCGAUGUCAAUACUAAAGAUGAAGAAGGCAGGGCUCUCCUGCACUGGGCCUGUGACAGGGGACACAAGGAGCUGGUGUCUUUAUUACUGCAGCACAAAGCAGACAUCAACAGCCAGGACAAUGAAGGACAGACAGCGCUACAUUAUGCGUCAGCGUGCGAGUUUGCCGACAUCGUGGAGCUCCUGCUGAACGCUGGCGCCGACCCGUCCAUCAAAGACAUCGAGGGCUCUCUCCCCGAGGAGGUGACUGAAUCCAGUGCCAUCUCCUCCCUCCUGCGUCAGUACACGGCUCCAAAGGGCUAGAAAUCCCCCGCCGGUCGCAGCCCCAGUCCUAGUUUCAUCUCUGCUCCACUUAUGAUCGCUCCUUGAUCCCUGAAGAGACUCUGCUCAACCCCAGAUGUGAGUAGGCCUGAAAUGCAGAAGCUGCGUCCAAACAUCCUGAGGUCAAUUUGAACUCACUGGCCCAUCUUCUCCGUGUUUCAUCAUCCCCUCCACUGGAUAAGACAAAAUAACCGGUAUUUAAUUUCAUCUAAAUGUUGUCUAUUGACACCAUCUGCCCUCUAGGGUAGAGCGAUAAUGAUACUGACACAGUUGAGAUCUGACAACCGGCUGAGACUCGGCUCUACGGAUGUAGCUGAAUCUGAAACAUCUUGUUGUGAGACAGUUGUUGUCAAUUGACGGUAACGGAGGUGACAGGAUUUGUCAGCAGCCUGGUUGAAGGUCUGAGGCUGAAAUUCAAAGCAUUCCCAUCCACUUUAUUUAUCAAUUCAGGAACUUUACAGCGACACAAUAUUUAUUGUUACAGUGAUAUGAAAUAAGAUUUUCUACUUAUCACCCAGCUUCUACCUUUUCAGGAUCGACCCUCUGUAACCAUUUACAUUAUUGGAGAUUUGUUCCCGAGUCAGUUGUGUUGCGUUAAAAUGAAUGCUUUAAUAAUUUGACAGUCAUCAAUAAAAUCUUUGAUCAAUCUG